AUGUCGUCCGAAGCACUCUUCAGCCCCCUUUCCAUCGGCCCUAUCGAGCUCAAGCACCGUAUCGUGCUUGCGCCUCUCACCCGUAUCCGGGCCGAGAUUGACUCGCUCACCCCCAAUGACAUGAUGGGAGAGUACUACGAGCAGCGAGCGUCCGACGGUGGAUUGGUCAUCAUGGAGGCCACCUAUCCAUCUGCCAAGGCAGGAGGGAUGGUCGGUACCCCCGGUCUCUUCACCGAGGAGCACGUUGCCGGAUGGAAGCGCAUCAACGAGCGUAUCCACGCCAAGGGCGGAAAGACUAUUGUUCAGCUCUGGGCGCUUGGCCGGACACAGGAUGGACAGAGCGGCAUCCCCGUCGUCUCGGCUAGCGCUAUCCCUAUGGCGGAGGGCGGGCCUGUACCACACGCCUUGACGAAAGAGGAGAUUGACGAGUACGUCGCGGACUAUGCCAACUCGGCCAAGAUGGCGAUGGACGCUGGGUUUGACGGUAUUGAGGUGCACGGUGCUCACGGGUACCUUGUGAACCAAUUCUUCUCCACCGCCAGCAACCAGCGGACGGACGACUACGGUGGAUCCAUCGAAAACCGGGCACGAUUCGGUCUCGAGAUCCUCGAAGCCUGCGCCAAGGCCAUCGGCGCCGGUCGCGUCGGUAUCCGUCUCUCCCCAUACGCCGGUGCGCAGGGUGUCAAGACGGACGAGGCUCCUCAGGAGUACGUCCGGAUCUCUCAGCUCAUCCACGAGCGGAUCCCCGACCUCGGCUACGUCCACUUUGUCGAGCCUCGCGCGGACCCCGCCAAGCUCGCCAACUGGAACACCUACUCGGCGGAGCACGACGUCUCGGAAUCGCUCCAGAAGUACCGGGAUAUCUUCCAGGGCAGCAAGACUCAGUUCUUGAGUGCCGGUGGAUACACUCCCGAGCUGGCGAAGGAGUAUGUCAAGGAGCACGGCGGCGCGGUUGUAUUCGGACGAUGGUUUAUUUCUAACCCCGAUCUUCCUGAGCGGAUCAAGAACGGGUUCCCUCUCGACCCAUAUGACAGACCCACUUUCUACACCCGAGGACCAGAGGGCUAUACCACAUAUGAAACAUACUCUCAGCCUCCUACCCGCCCAACCAGCAAACACUAG